GCACGUCAUGAAAAUACGAACCACGAAUUGCUCAUAAAACAACACGAAGCUGACUGUAACAAAGUUUUCCUUGUUGAGUGAUAGUUUCGUCCGCAAAUACCCCAUAUCAUCGAAAAUGCUCACAACCAACACAAGAGCGCUCCAGCAGCGCCUCGGCGCGGUGCUUCCCGGAGCCACGAGGACAGCAACUGCUCCUCGCCGGUCACCUCUGCUUCAACAAAUCCGCGGCGUCGCGGCAGUCCCGGGCAAGGACCCGGACAAUAUGGGCGGUCCCGGCGGACAGGAGCAUCUCCCGGAAAGCAACUUUCUACGCAGGCGCUAUACCAUGGCCACCGCUGCCGGUGUGCUGGCAGCCUGCGGCGUGAUGGUGUACAUGAAGAUGGGCAAGAAGGAUGCCGAUGCCAUUGCAAAGAAGACACAGUACGUUUUGGUGCAUGAUAACUCGAAGGGGGAGCUGGACGAUGUGAAGAGGAUCAAGGUCACUGAACUGCCGAAAUCAUAGGGAGAUGGCGAAGAAAUAACUUGAGAGCGCUUUUGUAGGAUGCUUUCAUAUUCUCGGGUCUCUCGAGGCUGUUUCGGCGCUUGGUUUCGGUGCGUUCGCGGAUAUUGACGGCAGAGCAAUGAAUACAUUUUAGAUUGCUAGCGAUGGAAUGAGCAGCUACGCGAGUCAUGUCCCAGUGG